CAUUUUUCACCACAACUUCCCUCUUGUCGGCCUCUGAUGCUCCGUUGCAUCUGUUUACUGAGAAGCCCCUUUGGAGGUGCGUGUCCAGAGAGGUUUGACACAGAUUGAGUAAAGCCCAAAUAUUUUGUACAAUGAUAAGGGCUACCUUCCCCUUUUCUUUGCUCUCGCUGUGGCUCAGCUUUAGCAGUGCUGAGGCAAAUUUGAAAGAGCCACAGAUAUGCUAUGUCUUGGAUGCUGUGCUGUUUAUCUAUGGGAUUGUUUUAACCAUCCUGUACUGCAGACUGAAGCUAAGGAAUAAAGAAGCAGUGAAAAAAUCGCCCAGGAACAAAGAUGCCGGUGAAGGGGUUUAUGAGGGUCUCAAGCCUCAUGAUCAGGACACAUACGAGACCCUUGGCACGAAAAAAUGAGAAGAAUAAGGCGGCGAAGACUUUCACACUGUGGACACUGCGUCAUUUUCAACUGUUGGUCUAACCUAACUUGUAUAGCUAUUGUAAAUAAGCUAUAACGCAUACCUUGUUAUAAAAAAGAUAUUUUCUUUAUGCUUGGUUGUUUAAACCCAUGCUUUGAAUAUUGGACAGAACACACCACUGGGUUCGAAAUGUUAAUACAACCCACGCAACAAUCCAGCAUUGGGUCAUUUUUAACCCAGAGGUGUGUUCUGUCCAAUAUUUAUCCAGUAUGGGUUAAUAACAACCCAGCAUUUUUUAGAGUGUAAUAAUCACUCAUGUUAGGCUGUUUUGACACUUGCACAUCGAGAAGCGAUACAAAAAUAGUCAAACCGAAUGUAAAAGUUCAGAAACAAACAUUUCAAGUGUUUUAUGUGCUUGAUUAACUAUUUAAAUUACAGUGACCUUUUAAUGAAUGUAUUUUUAACUCUAUAUGUAGCUCACACAUGCCACACUUUUGUUUCACUAUAUCUGAGGCAAGCUUCCUGCAUUGGCUUCUAUAGCAACAAACCACUAACCUCACAGAGUCCGAGCCAUUUCCUGGUUUAAAGAGUACAUAAAUGGUCUUAUAAAAACAUUUGACUUUGGCCACAGGGGUGAGCUGGGUUGAUUUUUUGUGUGCGCUGGUUUCCAUUCGUUUAUUUGAGCAUUAAAGCUCUUCAACAAAAAAAUGACAUUUAGAAAAAACAACCUUAAUGUCACAUCAUUCAAGUUCUUAAUUUACUCAAAGUCAAAUGUUUUGUCAUAAAAACAACCUUUCAAAAGAUUGUGACUGCACAGGUUGUCCAUCAUGCUUGGUUAAUUUAUUUGUGGCCUGCUUUUUAUCAUUCUCUAAUGUACCUGCAGUUCUCUUUUUUUAUAUCAAUAGAUUUUGCAGUACUGUAAAAUAGUAUCUACAAUUCUUAUAGUUCAUAGCCAUUUUUUACAUUUUCUUGAGUCUCACACAUACAUAAAUAUUUUAACAGAUGGUGUUUAUUACUUCUUCCUGUGUUCUUUUUUAUUCUUCAAAAAAUAUUGUUUAUUCAUAGAUUCUAUAACUGAUGAUAUCCUUUAUAAAUCCUUUAUGCUGAUGAAAUGUAUAUUUAACUGUGACCACACAUAUUCUUUAUGAGUGUACUGACCACAUCAAAUGUUUUUCCCCUAAUCAGGACUGUAAUAGAAAUACAGAAUACAAAAUUUUGUCAUAAAUAUAUACAGUAGUAUGAUUCACAUUUAACUGGCUAGCAUUUAUUCUUAUAUUUAACAUAUUUGUUGCUUAUGCCAUGUUAAAAUAUUUAAAUAGUUAUAUAACAUACAUUAAAAUAUUAAAUGAUUCAUGUUCAGAAUGUACAUUAAGCACACUUUCUGUUAAGCAUAAGAAAUAUAAUCAAAUGUAUGUAAUUAAUACCUUUCAUUGUUAAAUACAUA